CCAACCUUUGUAUUCAUUCAUCAUUUCCCUCUCUACCUUUUCGGAUACUUUGCAACUAUGUCGAAGAAUAUCACCCUCAAGAGCUCUUAUGGCGUAUCUUUCGAGGUCGAUGAAGCCAUUGUGCUCAUGUCUCAGAGAAUCAAGUGCAUGAUCGAAGAUGACCGCACCAAUAAUGGAAUCACUCUUUCAAAAGUGAACAGUGCAGCCCUCGUUAACGUUAUCAAGUACUAUAAGAAGCACUCCAAAGCCAACGCUGAUGACACUGAGCUCAAGGCUUGGGACAUAAAUUUCGUCAGAAACCUCAACAAAGAUACUUUCUUCGCUCUCGAUUCGGCUGCAAAAUAUCUGAACAUCUAUGAACUUAUUGACGUUAUGGCCAAUCUUUUUGCUGUUAUUAUAAAGGGUCUCACAUUUAAAGAAGAAACUGAGACUAGCAGCACCAGUCAAAACUUUUAUAAGACCACAAGCUAA